AUGGCUUAUGUUUUAACUGAAACCUCUGCUGGUUAUGCUUUAUUGAAAGCUUCCGACAAGAAAAUUUAUAAAUCUAGUUCUUUGAUUCAAGAUUUAGAUUCUUCUGACAAAGUUUUGAAGGAAUUUAAGAUUGCUGCUUUCUCUAAGUUCAAUUCUGCAGCAAAUGCAUUGGAAGAAGCUAACUCUAUUAUUGAAGGUAAAGUAUCUCCACAAUUACAAAAGUUAUUAGAAGAAGCUAAAAAGGAUAAGAAGAGUACUUUGGUCGUUAGUGAAACCAAAUUGGCUAAUGCCAUUAACAAGUUGGGUUUAAACUUUAACGUUGUCUCAGAUGCUGUAACUUUAGAUAUUUAUAGAGCUGUUAAAGAGUAUUUACCAGAUUUGUUACCAGGUUUAAACGAUACUGAUUUGAGUAAGAUGUCUUUAGGUUUAGCUCACUCCAUUGGCCGUCACAAAUUGAAAUUUUCUGCUGAUAAAGUCGAUGUUAUGAUUAUUCAAGCUAUCGCUUUAUUAGAUGAUCUAGAUAAGGAAUUAAACACUUAUGCCAUGAGAUGUAAGGAAUGGUACGGUUGGCAUUUCCCUGAAUUAGCUAAGAUCGUUACCGAUUCUGUUGCUUAUGCCAGAAUCAUCUUAGCUAUGGGUGUCAGAUCCAAGUGUGCUGACACUGAUUUAAGUGAAAUCUUACCAGAAGAAGUUGAAGAACGUGUCAAAACUGCUGCUGAAGUUUCUAUGGGUACUGAAAUUACAGAAACUGAUUUAGAUAAUAUCAAAGCUUUGGCUGAUCAAAUCGUAGACUUUGCUGCUUACAGAGAACAAUUAUCUAACUACUUGUCCUCAAGAAUGAAGGCUAUUGCUCCAAAUUUGACUCAAUUGGUCGGUGAAUUAGUAGGUGCUAGAUUGAUUGCUCACUCUGGUUCUUUGAUCUCUUUGGCUAAAUCUCCAGCUUCAACUAUCCAAAUUUUAGGUGCCGAAAAAGCUUUGUUCAGAGCUUUGAAGACUAAACAUGAUACUCCAAAAUACGGUUUGUUGUACCACGCUUCUUUAGUCGGCCAAGCAACCGGUAAGAACAAGGGUAAAAUUGCUAGAGUUUUGGCUGCUAAAGCUGCUGUCUCUUUGCGUUACGAUGCAUUAGCUGAAGAUAGAGACGACUCUGGUGACAUUGGUUUGGAAGCUAGAGCAAAGGUUGAAAAUAGAUUAUCACAAUUAGAAGGUAGAGAUUUGAGAACUACACCAAAGGUUGUACGUGAAGCUAAGAAAGUAGAAAUUACAGAAGCUAGAGCCUACAAUGCUGAUGCUGACACUGCUGCUGUAGAGGAAUCUGCUUCUGAUUCAGAUGAUGAAGAAGAAGAAGAAGAUAAGAAGAAGGAAAAGAAAGAAAAGAAGGAUAAGAAGGACAAGAAGGACAAGAAGGACAAGAAGGACAAGAAGAGAAAGAGAGAUGAAGAAGAUGAAGAAAAGAAAGAGUCCAAGAAAUCUAAAAAGGAUAAGAAGGAAAAGAAGGAAAAGAAAGAUAAAAAGGACAAAAAAUCUAAGAAAGAAAAAAAAUAA